GGGAGCCGCAGUGCAAUGCGCCCUUGGCCGAGCGGCGCGCGCCGGGGCCACCUGAUCCGCGCCGUGCUGCCAGGAGGCGACGCUCCGGGGGCUGCCGCCGCCGCCGCCGCCCACGAUGUUUCCCAGCCCCGCGACCACCACCACGACGCCUUUCUCCGUCAAGGAUAUUCUGAGCCUGGAGCAGCACCCCAGCGGCUUGGCGUCCAUGGACCUUUCGGCCCUGGGGCCGUCCUCUUCGUCCUCCUCUUGCAUGCUGGCCGCCGGCUUCAAGCAGGAGACGUACGCGGCCGAGGAAGCGCCCCUCGCGGACACGCCGGCCGGCCUCCCCAAAGCCAACGGCCACGCCUUCCCCGGCGCCUUCUAUGCCAAAAGCUUCGUGGAAAUGGACUCGGCCAAGGAGCCCAAAGCGAGCAAGAAAGCAGAACUGUGCGCCCUUCAGAAAUCCCUGGAGCAGGAGAAGCGGGACAUUGAGGACCCUGAACGGCCCCGGCAGCGGAAGCGGAGGAAACCCCGAGUACUUUUCUCUCAGGCCCAGGUCUAUGAGCUGGAGCGCCGCUUCAAACAACAGAAGUACCUCUCAGCCCCGGAGAGGGACCACUUGGCCAGUGUGCUGAAGCUCACCUCCACGCAGGUGAAGAUCUGGUUCCAGAACCGACGGUACAAGUGCAAAAGGCAGCGGCAGGACCAGAGCCUAGAGAUGGUGGGCCUGCCACCGCCCCGCAGGAUCGCUGUGCCAGUCCUGGUCAGGGACGGGAAGCCUUGCCUGGGAGAUUCUUCUCCCUACAGCUCCCCCUACAACGUCAGCCUCAAUCCCUACAGCUAUAACGCCUACCCGACCUACAGUAACUACAACAGCGCAGCUGCCUGCAAUGCUAGCUACAGCUGCAACUACCCAGGCGUGCAGAGUGUGCCGCCCUCUUCGGCCGCUGGUGGCAACUUCAUGAACUUCGGUGUGGGGGACUUGAACCCCGUGCAAACGUCUAUCCCUCAAGGGAACAGCGGCCUCUCCACGUUGCAUGGCAUCCGGGCCUGGUAGACUUCCCAACCCAUCCAGCCCCUUUUACACCUGACGCCUGGCAGGUGAUUGACUCCUUGGGGGUUGGUUGGGUUGGUCAGAGACCUCCAGUGGAUUGACUUGGAAGCCAUUCAAGAGUGUCUUGGACUUCCUCGGGAGAGGCUGCCAAUAGGGGUUGUCACCCUCCAUGUUCAAAGAUUGGGGAGAUGGCACCCCCACUGCCCGAUGGGCCAAAGUGGGACAGAGACUCCCAAAGCGCCUGGAGCGUUCAUCCCAGAUGGAGUUCUCAAGGUCUUCAGGCUGGUCAUGUUUUUCAGCCUGCCACUGAAAUCUCCAACUUCUGUUUCAAGCCAGGAUGGCAGGGCUUGACUUUAAAAAAACGUUUUGGUCAUGGUUAAAACCAGAAGCAACAACGUGCUAUAUAGAUCAGGAAGGCAGAAAGUAGUUCUCCAGAUAGGUUGGACUUCAACUCCCCUGCCAACAUGGCCAAGAUUAAGAAUGCGAGGAGCUGAAGUCCAAAGAAUCUGAAGAUCUUUUGGCUUACCCCUGCUACGGACAAUGCCCAUUUUGCCAUGUAGGAUGAUGGCGCAUCCUGCCACUCACCUCCUUUUGAUCCUACCUAUAGAAAAUGAAUUUCAAAGAGGGUGUUGCCAUCAAGUUGGUGGUGGGCUUUGUUUACUACCAAGCACCUCUCUCCUGCUUCCAUUUUUUUCCCCUUAAGAACAUGGGAGGGUUACUGUUCUCUUUUCCAUACAUCCAGAAACACACAGAGACGCACACAAUAUUUUGACCUAUAUUUAAAGGCACAAUGAGAUCGCAAGGAACUGCUUAAGUCUGCGGCUCACUCAGGUUUGGAACAGGGUUUGUCUUGCUGGGUUACUCCAGACUAGUUUUCUUUAAAAAAAAAAAAAAAGGAAAGGAAAGGAAAAGAAAUAUCUGAGCUUCGUGUUUGGGGUACUGGAGCAGUUACUGGUCCACCCCAUAGGCGAAUGAAGGAAGUUAGUUGCCGUUUUUGUGCCAGAUCCCGGUAGAGUUAUGCACUAAAACAGCUGAUUGGUUUGAUAGUAUUAAAUGCACUGUCUGUUCUUUGUCCAGCCGCUGGGUUUGAUGUACAUGGGUUCUCCCCCUUGUUUUUUCUGUACAAAAAACCUGAAGGAACGGGGUGUCUUGUCAUUAAAGAGCGUGGCUUGCGUUUGUGCA